GGCUGGGCGGGGCGCGCUCAGGCCUCGGCUCCUCACGCGCGGCGAAAGCGGCCCAGACCCCGCGCAGCGGGAAGCCGGGGCGGUGUGUGGCGUGGCGCUCGAGAGCCGAGGCAGCCGCUGGAGGAGGAGGAGGAGGAGGAGGAGGAGCGGCGGGCACUGAGGUUUCUCUAUUGUUCACAGAAAAAAUGGAUCACUUAAGGAUGUGGGGGACUCAGCUAUCACAAUACUCCUGUACCACCAACUAAGAUUUAUAUGACAGUUUAUGGCAAUAAAUUUUCAUAAUAUGGAACCACUGAAGAAUUAAAAGAAGAUAUUCUUUCAUAAAAAUAAUGCUAUAGUAUCAAGUUACUAAAUAAAACUAAAAUAUAUAAUAUUUAAAUUAUUAGACUUGCUAAUGUAAGCAUACAUGUGCAGCAGCUACUGUAUACUGAUAGUUACCAAACCUCAAAUUUAAAGAUUUCCUUUCAUGGAAAAAUUACUAUAUUUUGCGAGAAGCCACUGAACAUUGUCAUUAAAUAUUUUUUCAGAGAAAUAUCAUUUCAAGAAACAAAGUCUAUAAAGUCCUACCACUAAGUGAAUUUGAUAUUAUGGCAGCAACUUACAGACUUGUAGUUAGCACCGUGAACCAUUAUAGUAGCGUGCUGAUAGACAGGCGUUUUGAACAAGCCAUACAUUAUUGCACUGGAACCUGCCACACCUUCACACAUGGAGUAGACUGCAUUGUGGUGCAUCAUAGUGUUUGUGCAGACCUCUUGCAUAUCCCUGUGUCUCAGUUCAAAGAUGUAGAUCUGAACAAUGUGUUUUUGCCCCAUGAAAAUGGGCUUUCCUCAGCUGAAGACUAUCACCAUCAGGCCCUCACAGGCAUACCCAGGGCCAAGAAAGCAUCUACAUUUCAGAAUACCUGUAACUUAAAGGAUAUUGCAGGAGAAGCAAUCAGCUUUGCCAGUGGGAAAAUAAAAGAAUUUUCCCUUGAAAGACUCAGAAAUUCAAACCAUGCAGCUUACAAAAAAGGAAGGAAAGUUAAAUCUGACUCAUUUAAUAGGAGGUCAGUUGAUUUUGACUUACUCUGUGGCCAUUAUAAUAAUGAUGGGACCUCUCCAUCCUUUGGCUUACUCCGGAGUUCCUCAGUUGAGGAAAAAUCUUUAUCUCAUAGAAAUUCAUUUGAUACAAACCUGACUUCCAUGCUUCUUCAGAACUUUUCUGAAGAAGACCUAGUUACUCAGAUUUUGGAAAAACAUAAAAUAGAUCAUUUUUCUUCUGGGACAGACAUAAAAAUGUGCUUGGACAUCUUACUGAAAUGCUCUGAAGAUUUGAAAAAAUGUACAGACAUCAUAAAACAAUGCAUAAAGAAAAAGUCAGGAGCUAGCAUCAAUGAAGGAAAUGGCAAUGAUGCAAUUUCUAACUCUGAAACUGUCUAUAUGAAUGUCAUGACCAGGCUAGCAUACUACCUGAGAAAGUUACCAUUUGAAUUUAUGCAGUCUGGGAAUAAUGAGGCCAUAGAUUUAACAGAACUUGUCAGUAAUAUACCUAACUUACAACUGACUCCAUUCUCCCCAAUAUAUGGGACUGAACAGCCCCCUAAAUAUGAAGAUGUUGUCCACCUAUCAGCCCUUGACUCUGGACAGUUUCAGACUGUUGAAUUGCAAGAUGACAAGCAUAAUUUUAAACAAGCAGACACAGUAAAAGCCACUCCAAACAACACAAAUUCCUUGUGUAGCUUGGAGGUAAACAAUCCUGAAACUCUAAAACCUGUGCAGCUUCAAUCACCAUCAUUAACCAUGAACCCUAUAGAAAAUGUUUCUUCUAGUAACUUAAUGGAAACUCUUUAUAUUGAAGAAGAAUUAGAUGGGAAGAAGUCAUUAUUAGAUAAAAGACAGAAAACAGAGAAUGGACAAGGUCAAGGUCUGCUAAAGGUAAAUGAACAUAAAGAAUUUUCAGACCAUGAUACUCAUCUUAAAAAAUGUCCUGCCUCAGUGCAAAAUGAAAUUGGUAAGAUAUUUGAAAAGGCAACGAUGGUUCAUCCACCUAAGGAAGAAUCUAAAUUAGAAGUUCCUACCAUUGAACUAAAAGGCCAGAGACACUUUAUGAAUCCUAAUAGUCAAGAAGAGAUAGACAAACUGUUAAUGGAUUUGGAAUCAUUUUCACAGAAGAUGGAGACCUCUCUUGGAGAACCACUUGCCAAGGGUAAAAGCAUCAGUUCUCUAAACAGUCAUAGUCAUUUGACUGGUCAAAUCCAUGAAGAUCUUGAGCCUAAACCUAUAGUCUCCUCGCCUGCAGAAAAAGUCUCACCUUCGUGUCUAACAAGGAUUAUUGAAAACAAUGGACACAAAAUAGAGGAAGAAGACCGAGCCCUCUUACUUCGGAUUCUGGAAAGCAUCGAAGACUUUGCUCAAGAACUAGUUGAAUGCAAAUCAGGCAGAGGAAGCCUAUCACAAGAAAAGGAAAUGAUGCAGAUUCUACAGGAAACCUUGACAACUUCCUCCCAGGCCAGUCCAUCUGCCUGUAGGAGCUCUGUUGGUGAGAAGGCCAAAGAUAGUACUUCAGUUGUUUUGAUUCAGCAGACACCAGAAGUGAUCAAGAUUCAAAAUAAACCAGAAAAGAAACCUGCAAAACCACUUCCAUCUGCAGCUGUCCUUCCAAGUAGUCCCCAGCCUGUCUCCCCUACUCCUCAUGUGAAUGAUGUUGUGACUACACCGUUGUCCAUAAACAUUCCACAGUUCUACUUCCCUGAAGGACUCCCAGACACCUGCAGUAACCACGAACAGAUCCUAAGCAGAGUUGAAAGUGCUUUCAUGGAUAUUGAAGAUCAGAAAGCAGAUAUUUAUGAAAUGGGGAAAAUUGCAAAGCUCUGUGGCUGUCCACUCUAUUGGAAAGCCCCCAUGUUCAGGGCUGCAGGAGGAGAGAAGACUGGAUUUGUGACAGCACAGUCAUUCAUUACCAUGUGGAAAAAGUUGCUAAAUAACCAUCAUGAUGAUGCCUCUAAAUUCAUCUGGCUCCUGGCAAAGCCCAGCUGCAUCUAUCUGGAACAGGAAGAUUUUAUUCCUUUACUUCAGGAUGUGGUAGACACACACCCUGGCCUCGCCUUCCUGAAAGAUGCUCCUGAAUUCCAUUCCCGCUACAUCACCACGGUUGUUCAGAGGAUAUUCUACACGGUCAACAGAUCUUGGAGUGGAAAAAUUACUUCAACAGAGAUAAGGAAAAGCAACUUUUUGCAAACUCUGGCCCUCUUGGAGGAAGAGGAAGAUAUAAACCAAAUCACAGAUUACUUCUCUUAUGAACACUUCUAUGUCAUUUAUUGUAAAUUCUGGGAACUAGAUGGUGAUCAUGACCUGUACAUCAGCCAGGAUGAUCUAUCUCGAUACAAUGACCAGGCUUCAUCAAGUAGAAUUAUUGAAAGAAUAUUUUCGGGAGCAGUGACAAGAGGGAAAACAGUACAAAAAGAGGGAAGAAUGAGUUAUGCAGAUUUUGUUUGGUUUUUGAUUUCUGAGGAAGACAAACGGAACCCUACCAGCAUUGAGUAUUGGUUCCGCUGCAUGGAUGUGGAUGGAGAUGGUAUACUUUCCAUGUAUGAGCUGGAAUACUUCUACGAAGAGCAGUGUGAACGAAUGGAAGCCAUGGGCAUUGAGCCUUUGCCAUUCCAUGAUCUGUUGUGCCAGAUGCUUGACUUGGUGAAGCCAGCUAGUGAUGGCAAAAUAACUCUACGAGAUCUGAAGAGGUGCAGAAUGGCUCAUAUCUUCUAUGACACUUUCUUUAACCUGGAGAAAUACUUGGACCAUGAACAAAGAGAUCCUUUUGCAGUCCAGAAGGAUGUUGAAAAUGAUGGCCCUGAGCCUUCUGACUGGGACAGAUUUGCAGCUGAUGAGUAUGAGGCUCUUGUCACAGAAGAAUCUGCCCAGGUGCAGCUCCAGGAAGGCUCCUUUGAAGAUUAUGAAGCAGAUGAACCUGUGUCUCCCUCUGAAUUUGGAAACAAGGGUAAUAAAGUAGUAACUUCAAGCCUUUCAGAGAGAGGUGGAAAGCUUCAGUCAGUGGAUGAAGAGUAGCUGCCAACAUCUACACAGAAGGAUGGUGUGGAGAGAUGGUCUAGUUUGCACACUGCUUUGUAAAGGCUUUGAUUGCUCCAAGUGCACUAGAAACUAAAAUGCUCUUAAGUAGUUCAGCACAGGAGACCCCUCCAGUUUGCCGCAAACCUCCUGCAGAGCUCUUCCUUGGAAGUACAUACUGUCAUCAGUUUCCAAAGUCUGCAGUCCGCAAUCUACACCCCUCAGUGUAUGGAAGCUCUCUUGGAAACAAGGCCAAGCACAGGUCCCUGCACAGAAAGAAGCUGCCUUAGUGUUGGCCAGCUUCCCUGGGGUCCCCCAGGCUCCUACAAAACCUAGAAGAAAACUUCACUUGCAGAAAACUUAAGUCAAAGAUUCUGAAACUUGGAAAAGGGCCUCUAGAAUUGACUUUGUUCUAGUAACAAAAGCACUGCCAAACAUCUCAGAGACUACUUAUGUGUACUGGAGUUCAGGGACCUUGAACUUACCUGGUUUAAUGUAAUUUCACCAUGACCUGCCAAACUGCUAGUCACUUUACAUUCUCAGGUAUUGUAACCAAUAGGCCCUUCCAACUCUGCUGGCAAUCUCGGCAGCCUCUGCAUCUGACUGUGGGUCUUGUACAAAAUCUCAAGAAAAAUCCUUAAAGUGAAGGUAAGGGCAGAAUCUGGCACUUAUGGUAACAUUUAUAGCCAACUAUUGGGCGAUCUACAGAUUAGUUGAUGGUCUAUCUUCAUUUCUAGCAGGCCUACUUGAAGACUUAAGGAACACAUGGAAACUUCUCACUAUACAGAUUUCCUCCCCUUCUUGAAUACUAGAGUAAGCCAAAAGAAAAAGGCUCAAACUAAACAGUAUUCCUUACUGUUUAGAAACUACUACACCAGAUAUUUCAUCCACCUCAUUAUCAAACUUGGAAGAAAACAAUUCUCACCCACAGUAGAAAUUACUAUAGUGGUAAAUUCAAAAUCCUGUAUUUUUCAACAGACCACCAUGCAGCCAAAUCCUACAGUGCUCAUUGUUACCCUUCAUGCUGGAAAAAAAAAAAAUACUAAAAAAGGAUGGACAUCUCUAAAAAAAAAUCACAGCAACUUAUUAUCCAUGUCUGCCAAAGCCAUCAACUUUUCCCUAUCCCUUGUUUGUUUUGUUUUGAAAGUCUUUUAAAGGAUCAGAAUAACCUCUGUUUUCUCUCCAUUCUAAUUAUCAUGCUGGUAUAAAGGCCAAGCAGUGAAAUAAUGAAACUUUAGAUGAUGGUAGGCUAAACAUGGAGAAAAAAAAUUAAGAACUAAUACUAGAAGUUAGCAAGCCCAGCAAUCCUGCCUGCCACAAGAUCCUCCAGAUCCCUGGUUAGCUUACCUUCAUGACUACAACUAACCUCCCACAUAACCACUAUAGAAUCUGGUAACUAUCACAAUUAAUAGCUCACCCAGAUAUUAAACCUAACUUGAGGAAAAUUUUACAAAAAACAUAUAGGUGUGGUGCCACAUGCCUAAAAUCUCAGGAUUUAGGUAGUUAAGACGGGGGAUAGAGAAUGCAGCAUAUACAACAGCAUAAAUACACUGAGAAAUGUUGCUUACUAUAAUGCUAGCACUCAGAGGACACUGAGGCAAGGAGGAUCAGCGGCUCAAGUUUGAGGUCAGCCUAGGCUACAAAGUGAAACCCUGUCUUGAAAAUAAUUAUGUGAUGUUAUCACCAAUCCUAUCCAAUCUUUAGCAGUAAGGGGAAACAACUUUUUAAUUUUAAAUUAAAUUAAUUUCAAAUAAAAAUACAAAAGGAUAAUUUUUAAGGCAAUUUUAAGGGUUUUAUUAACUGUGUUCUAAACUAUUUGAGACUAAAUAGCACCUAAAAGCACAAUAUAAAACUCAACUUUAUAAUAUCCCUUAAAAGCCAUGAGCAUAGGGCUGAGCUAGCCAGGCCUCACUAGCUGCACUGAAAUUAUAUGCAACUUGUCCUUUAUCUGUGGUGCUGGGAAUCCAACCUAGAACCAUCCACAUGCUAAGAAAGCACUCUGCCUGCAGCCUUCUUUUUAACUUAUUUUGCUAUCUUCUUUCGCCGUUACUGAAACUCUCAACACCACACAAUUUGAGAUGGAUUAUUUAAUUUUGGUUACAUGAAUUAUACUUUAAAGAAUUACCUUAUUACCAAACUGGAAAUGUCAAGUUGUGACAAUACCCCAGGGACCUUGAAAAAGAUGAAUUAUACUCUAAAUCACUGGUUCUCAACCUUCCUAAUACUGUGACCCUUUAAUACAGUUACUCAUGUUGUGGUGACCCCCCCAACCAUAAAAUUAUUAUCUCUACUUAAUAACUAAUUUUUCUACUGUUGUGAAUGGUAAUAUAAAUAUCUGAUAUGCGACCCUCUAAAGGGUCAUGACCCACACACAGGUCAAGAACCACUGAUCUAAACAUUAUUUAAUGAAAGGAGGGUGGUUUCAUAGCAUAAUUGCCAAGGUAAUCAAACUAAUAAAAUUCUGUAUAGUUCCCUGUAUCUGUCUUAUCUGUCACUACAAUGUUCAAAAUGUUUUAAAAAAAAAAAUACCAAAAUUCUAAUUCAGAUAUCAUUUGCUCAGCUUUGAAAGUGUUUGACUAGAGAUGGUGCAUGACUUGUUUUCCCCUUUUCAAACAAAAUAAAAUUGUCAAAUGUA